AUGGGCUCGGAUGUCUUUGAGCUGCGGGGGAACACCGCACUGUACGAUGUGUUGGGUGUGCCCAAGAGCGCCCCCGACAGCGAGAUCCGCCGCGCGUAUUACAAGCUGGCUGUAGUGUACCACCCGGACAAGAACCCCGACGGGGUCGAGAUGUUCAAGGAGGUCAGCUUUGCGCACAGCAUAUUGUCCGACCCGGCGCAGCGCCGCCUGUAUGACGCGGGGAGGCUGCGGACCCACAUUGAGGGUCAGGCGCGGGCGUACGACCCGAUGAUGGAUCCCAACGUCGAGCUUACUGCGGAGGAGCUACGACAGUUUGUGGAACGCAGACGCACGGAGGAGGAGUCAAAGAAGAAGGACAAGAGCGAGUUUGAGAGGCAGCGCGAGGAGGAAAUGCGGCGGCGCGCCGAGUACGACGCGCAGAACCCCGCCUUCAAAGCAGAGUACGAACGCAUGCGUGCCAUUUUGAAGGAAGAGGCCGUACAACGAGCCUCAACCGCCGACGCCCAGCGGCACCCCACCACCGCCGAACUGAUGCAGCAGUUCGAGAGGAAGCGUCAGGCGGAGGAAGAGGAGCGCCACAACCGACGCAGCGGCAGGGCCCAGGGGGCUAAAGGGGACGUAGGGGGUGCCGCGCCGGCUUCGGUCAAGCGCAGCAUGAUGCAGGAUUUCAGGCUGCGCCACAACGGCGAGACACCUGCACCCGGCGCCAUGAGGUUAACUGUCGAUCGCCAAGCAAUAGGCCGUCGACUGCGCUUUGUGUCGGAAACGGAGAAUACAUCGUACAGCCGCGACGUAGAGGAGCGCAUCGGGAGAUACUCUAAUUUCGACUACCGAAGUUAUGUAGAGAGCGGCGUCGUUGACGGUGGCAACGUCCUCGAUGACGCAAUACUCGCGGAUGCGCUGGGAAACUACGAUCGCCGGAGAUGA